UAGUAGUAGUAGUAGUAGUAGUAAUAUUCAACGGUGAUUGGCUCUCGUUUCCUCCCUCGGCGCUUCGGUAGCCAAUCAGCAGCCGAGAAUCCACAAUCUUUUACCUUACCUCAUAUAAUCGCAUUUUUGACCCACUUCUCGACCGUUUGACCCUUUUUUGACCACUCAGGACGAACGAGCGGGAAAUUUGACACCCUAUUCACCCUUUGACCUUGCUGAAUGACCUUUGAAUAACUGAGAAAAAAUGCGAAAUAGUUUAAGUAAAAUUUCCACAACACGAAUUCUAAGUAUGAAAUGUACAAAAUUCCCACUUAUUUCUACUUGUAAGAGCUUGUAAGUGCGGGUGGGGUUACUUAUACACUUAUUCAACUUUUUGAUAUGCAUUUGACCACCGGCAGUGACCUCUAGCCUCGCCCAGGGACCCAAGAAUGACCACCAAAGAAAAUCUAGCGACAUCUGGCAACGCACUCCUGCAAGAACAAUAAAAUCGGCAACAUGGCGCACAAACCCUCAGUGCCACGCGGACGGUCAGAGGGGGAGGUUGUCCACCGCUCGUCGCGCCCUAUAAGUGAAUUUCUAAGUGUGUAAAGUAAUGGGCGUUGACGUGAAGGACUACUUAAGGGCACCAUGGUAGUGUUACAAGCCCCUUCCAAGAUGGCGCCUCCUCAUCACUUUGACUGGGACAUCAAUGACUCCAACAUCCCUAAAGUCACGUGUUAUGACCCCUACAACGAGUGGUCGGAUGGUCAUUGUCGGUUCGUCUACCCGUUGAGCCUCGAGGAAGCAAAACGGCACAGCUCCGGGUGGGCGAUGCGAAACACUAAUAACCACAACGUGCAUAUCCUGAAGAAGUCGUGUCUGGGCGUCGUUGUUUGUACGUUACGCUGUACGCUGGACGGCGGUCUCAAGGUGCACCUUCGACCAGCCAUCUGCGACAAGGCCAGGAAAAAGCAACAAGGUCGACCAUGUCCGAACAAAAACUGCAAUGGUAGACUGGAAGUUCUGCCUUGUCGGGGCCACUGUGGAUAUCCCGUAACACAUUUUUGGAGGCACACGGACAAUGGGAUAUUCUUCCAGGCAAAGGGCGUUCACGACCAUCCCCGACCAGAGGCGAAGAGCACAGCAGAGGCGAGAAGAAGCCUAAGCAGCAGAGGGAUAAAUAGUAUACUAUCGUCGCCGCUAACACCGAGAAGGACUACGGGAUUAAAGCGAGCUCUCUCUACGACCAUCUCACCGACGUCGAGAGAGAGAGAUAGAGAAAGAGAGAGAGAGAGAGAGUACUCGCUCACUCUCUCACUUUCUCACUUCGGACCACCACCCUCCAAGCAGGCACGGACCCUCCCCCCGCCUCUGCUGCCCGACCCAGGCCUCAGCAGUAGCAACAGCGGUAGUAGUAGUAGUAGUAACGGCCUUAAUACUACUUCUAUUACUACGAGUCUACCUUGCAGCUGUCCACCGUAUUCCUGUAUGUGUGAAAUCCCAGGCCAAUAUCCCUCCAUUUUGACCUCCGUGGGGGGAUCUAGGGUCUCAGGGGGGGCGGUCAUCCCUCAGGCGCCCCCCCACACCCCCUACGCACCCCCUCCACCCCCGUGCUACCCCCCCGAGGCGCCUGUCUGGGGGGAGAACGGUGCUUUUUCACAUCAAUUCGAAUUCCGUGGCGGCUGGUGUAAUGGGUAUGAAGUUGGAAAUCCUGGUCCUGGGUUCGACACCGGGGUUCCUGCGGGGUAUCAGGAGUGCCCCCGGGGUCUUGAGUGCCCCGGGGAGAAGAGUGACCUGUUCCUGACCUCGCCUGACCUGAAAUCUGACCUGGAGAGCCUGUUUUUCGAGGGGAAUUUCCAGCCGCAAGAUAUCUUCGCCUUUGAGUCUGCGGGGAAGGCGCCCAAAAGUUGCGGUUUGGGCGGGAAAAUGUCACACGCCGCGGGUUAUGAGCCUCCUCCACCUCCCCCUCCACCUCCUCCUCCACCUCCUCCACUUCCCUCCAAACAGGACCAGAACACGUAUGAGACAAGUCACGUCACACCCGACAACCCCGGUCAAGGCUUCCACAUCCCGUCACGUUCUGGGUCAUAUCUCCACCAGGAUUCGACCCCCGGGUACCCAGGUGGGGGGGGAGGAAGCGUGUACCCUUCCCCCAGGUCAGGGUACAGCGGCAUCCCCCCAGCGCAUCCCGUUUUCUAUACAGAGGCGAAAGAAAAUGGGGUACUGCAGGAAAAUGCCACUUCGAGAUUGAUUCAAUGUCUGGAUGAGAUUAUGGUGGACUGCAAUUUCUUGGAAGGAGGAGGAGGAGGAGGAGGAGGAGGAGGAGGAGGAGGAGAGAAGACCCCUCCCAUAUUCCUAGAUCUCUCCAAUUCUUUCCUUCCUCCUCCUUCUUCUUCUUCCUCCUCAUCUCCUCCUCCUCCUCCUCCUCCUCCUCCCUUCUUGGAACAGUCCUAUGACAUAACCUUCUACCUGGAAUCCAAGAUGGCGGAUCAGGAAUGUGGGAAUGGCGUUGGAAUUGAAGCGAGGAAUUCUGACAUUGUUUGCUAAAGACUUGGAAUUAUUAUUAUUAUUAUUAUUAUUAUUAUUAUUAUUAUUUUUUAGGAUUUGAGUAUUAUGAACAUUACUACAAGAAUUAGGAUAUCCUUAUACCUAAUAUUCCUACUACUACUACUACUACUACCACUACUACUACUACUACUACUACUACUACUACUACUACUACUGGUUGUAUUACGUUUGAUCUCUAUAAAAAUGACAAGUUAUGGUUAAGAAAGUGUUUAAAGACAUUCUCUCUCUCUCUCUCUCUCUCUCUCUCUCUCUCUCUCUGGUAAUAUUAGAGCUAGUUUUAAUUUCUCUUUAUAAUUUCCUAGUCAAUUAUUAAGCUAUUUUUUACUAGUCAGACACACACACACACACACACACACACGCACACACACACGGGCAGUCUCUCUCUCUCUCUCUCUCUCUCUCUCUCUCUCUCUCUCUCUCUCUCUCUCUCUCUCUCUCUCUCUCUCUCUCUCACACACACACACACACACACACACACACACAGAGAGAGAGAGAGAGAGAGAGAGAGAGAGAGAGAGAGAGAGAGAGAGAGAGAGAGAGAGAGAGAGAGAGAGAGGCCACGCCCCCUAGUCCCUCCCCUCCUCUCUGAUUGGCUCAAGGAAAGGGAGGUCUGUGAUUGGCUGUUCCUCUUCCCAGGCCACGCCCAUAAAUCAAUAUAGUUCGUUAAUGUCGUUAGAAUUUGAAUUUUUGAAUGCUUUUGUCGUUAAAUUUCAAAAUGGCGGACCCUGUGUGUUUGGGGGGAUGGGGGGGUAGGACACACACACACACACACACACACACACACACACACACACACACACACAAGCAUAUGUAGGUUAAGCUAUGUAUGUUCUGUUUUUUUACUGUUGUGUG